AUGCAUCUUAUGUAUACCCUCGACCCAAACGGCAAGCGCCUCUACACUCUCAAGAAGGUCGUUGAUGGAGAGGUCACAAAAUCUGCUCAUCCCGCGCGUUUCUCGCCAGAUGACAAGUACUCGAGGUAUGGGAGAGCUACAAGAGCUAUUUGGUCUAGCAAGCAUGGUAUUGAUAUUCUGGGACAGGCACCGCGUUACUCUCAAGAAGCGAUAUGGUCUUCUCUUGACUCAGCAAAGUACGACCGUGGAAAAACUCGGCGCAUGACGUGCACUGACUUGAUCACAGAAGAUAAGAAGGUGCUGGGCCAGUAA